AUGGUGACGAAGAUGCCAAUUCUUCUGGUUCUUGGAGUGAACUUCCUGUCUUGUGCAGGUUUCCCGGUGUAUGACUACGACCCGUCCUCCUUGCGGGAAGCCCUCAGCGCGUCCGUGGCCAAGGUCAACGCCCAGUCCUUGAGUCCGUACCUGUUUCGAGCCUUCAGGGGCUCAAUUAAAAGGGUCUAUGUCCUGGACCAGGAUAGCUUGAGCAUGGACCUAGAGUUUGGCAUUCGGGAGACAACAUGCAGGAGAGAAUCUGGAGAAGACCCUUCUACCUGUGACUUCCAAAGGGGCUACUACAUGCCGGCAGUUGUUUGCAGAAGCACAGUGCGGAUGUCUGCCGAGCAGGUGCGGGACGUGUGGGUUCGCUGCCACUGGUCAUCCAGUUCUGAGUCUAACAGCAGCGAAGAGAUGGGUUUUGGAGACAUAUUGGGAUCCUCUACAUGGAGAAAUCUGUACCUACCUGGUCUCAGUCCUGACAAGUCUAGAAGCGAACGCAGUGAACGGUCGCUCGAGAGCCUGAGAAGGAUCUUUCCUCCCGGGAAUCGAGGGUACCCGUACAAGGGGCACAGAACAAGGACAAACGCUGGCUUUGAGUAA